GUUGUGCUCCUCUGAGGCGCCCGCUCCCUUCCCGCCUGCCGGGCAUGGCGCUGCCUGCAACUGCUUCAUGGCGAUGAUGAUGGUGGUGGUGGUGGUAAUGUUUGGGGUGGUUGUUAUGAUCACUGCUCAGCAUCAACGCCGGGCGUGUGAAAUCCCAAGCACCAUGCCAGCAACGCGCCUGUUUCUGCUCCGUCCCUUCAGCCUCCUCCUGCUGCUGCUGGGGCCGCAUCUCUUUGUGGGAUCUUUCUCCCUGGGCUCUGCCUCCGAGCGUCCCCCCGUCGCUACGGCGGGGCCUCGGACAGCGGCGUCCAUCCAGGGGGGAUCCGCUUUUCUUGCGGCUUCUUCCUCCUCGCUACUUCCGAGGGAGAAAGGAAGCCCGCAGCCUUCCGCGGCAUCUGUCAGCGUUUGGGAUCGGACGGCGGAUCGAGGCGGCGGCAGCGACAGCUCGGCCAUUAUGACCAGACAAAAGGAUGUAGAAAGUCCAAACACUGAAGCAAAGAUUUCCACUUCCUAUAUACAAAGUCUAGAUGCAACCAGUACAUCUGGAAAUAAUAAAGUAAGGACGUUGUGGACCAAUUUAGCUUCAGCAUCUGUAGCUGCAACAGGAAGUACCACAUCUUAUGCCAAAAUAAUCAGAUCUGUGAAUGUGACAUCACAGUUAUCUCAAAUAAUACAAACCAAGCAAGCAAGUGCCUCACGAAAUAUGGCAGGUAUUGCCGAAUCUGAAUCAGUGACUUCAAGGAAGCAUUUUCUCAAGACAGCAAAUUCUCCAUUUUUGGAGGAAAAACAUUCAGCCAUUGGGAGCAACUACCAUACAGCUAAUACCUGGGUUGAAGACAGCACAAUGUCCGGUUUCCAUAUUCCAGACAUGGGCAGUUCAGCAACACCCAGUCAGAGUUCAGAAAGGACUUCCCGCUUUCUUAGAGAGAACUUCACUGGAAAAGGGCCAGCUACUCAAAAAGAACUUGCUACAUCUUCUGGUCAAAUCCAAUGGUCAUCUCAUGUAACAUUUCCAAUACCCCAAAAUAGGACAUCAAAUGCCAAACAGCCUGAUUCUUUAACAAGGAUUGUGCUUACUUGGCCUUAUACUUCUCCACAAACCAAUACUCAUCAGUUAAACAGAAACUCCAACACAGAGAAAAGAAUUUCCAGUCCUGAUAUGGAUUAUAUGAAAAUCCUGAACAUAUCCAACAGAAGUGAGGAGAAGAUAUUUCAAACUAUAAGAGACUUCAGCAGUUCUCAAGGUCCACAUUCCACAUCUGCUAUCUCAAACCUUGAAAUGUCCACCAAUGGAGGGAAGAUACUUCGAACUCUCAGAGACAUCAGCAGUUCUCAAGGUCCACCUUCUGCUUCUGCUAUCUCAAACCUUGAAAUAUCCACCAGUGGGGAGAAGAUACUACAAACUGUCAGACUGAGCAGCAGUUCUCAAGGUCCACAUUCCACAUCUUCAGUCUCUAACCCUGAAAUGUCCACCAAUGGAGAGAAGAUACUACGAACUCUCAGAGACAGCAGAGGUUCUCAGAAUCCACAUUCUGUGUUCACAAUCUCUAACCUUGAAAUGCCCACCAAUGGGGAGAAGAUACUACGAACUGACAGAGAGAGCAGAAGUUCUCAAAAUCCACGUUCUGUAUCCACAAUCUCUAGCCUUGAAAUGUCUGGCUCUUCAGACCCCAGUGAUUCUUCUUACAUGAUAGUGCCUGCAGAUUCCCAACAAGUGGAUCUGUCAACACAUGACACUGAUGAAAGUUCUCAGUCUCCUUCAGCAACUACAGUGACCAAUCGGAUGUCCGUGGAAAGCCCAAAUACUAGAGAGAAGUGCAAAACACCUUUCUGCUCAUGUUCUAAUGCAACUGAGAUAGAGAGGCAUCCCAAGACUUAUACCAGAGUCAUGGAAGGGACUAAACAGAUGAACAGCAAAUCAAAUACAGAGAGCAAAAUAUCUAGUUCUCACUUGGACAGUGUGACUGUUUCAAAAGUAUUAGUCAGAGAUGAAGAGAAGUCCAAGAAUGUAACACAAACAUUCACCACUGCUAACGCUUCCAGCUCUUCAAGGCUUUCAUCCAGACCAGAAAAGACUGAAAAAAUGGAUUUGUCGCGCAGGAAUUUUGUUGUCACUAAAGAAGCAUUUACAUUUUCUCAGGCUCCUACAGAACAGAACGGUCAGCAACAGAGCAACUCAGAUAUGGAGAGCAUUGCUUCUAACUUUUACACAGAGAACACUGACAGAAGUGUGAAGAAGAUAAUACAGACUCUGGGGUACACCAGUAGUUCUUACCAUCCAGAGUCAAUAUCCACAGCUUCUCAGAGUGAAAUACCCAGCGGUUCAGCUCUUACUGAUUCUUCUUCUGUGUUGACUCCAGUUCAAACCAGACAAAAAGAUUUAUCACCUGGGUUCACCGAUGUCAUGGAAGCAGAAAGUACACAUCCUUGGGAUUCCUCACAAGCAACAGCUGCAGAAGGUAGCCAUUUGAGGAGCAGUUCUUCUAAAGAGAAAAUUUCCACUUUUCAGAGAGAUGUUUCAAGUCUAUCAAAAAGAGAUGAAAGAAGUACACUACAAACUGUAAGGGAUGUCAGCAGUUUUGAAAGUGACACACAAACGUCCACUGUUGCCAAUGCUACCAUCUCCAGCAAUUCAGAUUUUGCUCAUUCUUUUCAUAUAAAAACUCCAGAAGAGAUCAGCCCAGGUUUGUUACCUGAAGACGCUGAUUUUACUGAAGGAAUGCUUAUAUCUUCUCAGGCUCCUUCAAAAACAACAGUUGAAGAGAAUGGUCAGUCACACAGCAGCCGCAGCUCAAGUACAGACGGCAUUUUCUCCACUUAUCACCUGAACAGCACCUCCAUUUCAGUUCUAUCUAGCUUAAAUGGGGAGAGGACUUUACGAACCCCGAGAGAUGUCAGUAAUGCUCACAAUGUAACACAAGGAUCCAUAGCCUGGCACAAUGAAACCUCUAGUUCUUCAGGCCUCACCAGUUCUUCUUACCUGUUAACUCCAGUAGAAACAGAUUUAACUCCUCAGACCACUGAUUUCACUGAAGGAACAAGCACACAUUCUCAAGCUUCUUCAGAAAAAAUGGGUGUAGAAAGCAGUGAUCCACCAAACAGCAGCUCGGAUAUAGAGACCAGAUUUUCCCAUUCUGAUCAGGACAGUGCAUCUGUUUCAGGUUCAUCAGACAGAGGGGAUGAGAUCACACCAUCAACUUUAAGAGAAGUCAAUAAUGUUUUUAAUAUAACCCAAACAUCCAGUUCUAAGAACGAUAACAUCACUAGCUCAAAUGUUGCUGAUUCUUCUUAUACAAUGACACCAAGACACACCACAGAAACGAAUUCAUCAUCUGGGAAUAAUGAUUUCACUGAAGAAGCAUUUACAUAUUCUGAGGCUCCAUCAGAAACAACAGACACCAAAAGUAGGCCACAUGCCUUGAGCCACUUCAAUGUAGAAAAGAAGGCCACUCAGACUGAGAGUAUGUUCUCUUCUACUGUGAUCCAAGAUGAGACCUUUGGAUCUUUAACUAAUCAGAGCAGAUCCAUAGACACAACGGAAUUGUCACGGAUUGAUACAAAAAAUGCUGGUUCUUCUGUGAUGAUCCAGAUGUCGUCUGCCACAUUGCGAAGUAGUAAAGAAAAUUCCGCCUCUACUGAAAUGGAUUUCACAGAAUCCCUAGAACAGUCUUCAGAUACUACUUCAUCAAAAGCGUCAAGUUAUUCAUCUUCUAUGAAAGAUUUUUCAAGCUCUACAGACCAUUUUCAAACCAUUAAGGGAUCUGAGGUGGGAAGAAGAUUUUCGAUUGCUUCAACAGACAGCGUCUAUCUAUCAACCACAUUUGUACAUGGGGCAGAAAGGACUUUAAGAUCCCUGCCAGAUAACAGCACGUCUGAUGAUGCAGCAGACAGCAACUCUUACAAUUCCCAAACUUCCAAAUCUUCAGGGGAAAGCUUGACUUUGUCUUCAGAGCCUGAAACAGAAACACAUAAUGCCUCACUAAGUGAAGUGCAAUCUAUUGGGCCUUCUACUGAGUAUUCAACAGAAUAUUCCUCUGGAGUUCCUACAGCCUUGUCACCAAAUGAUUCAGCAACUAUUGGAAGCACUGAUAAUUCAACUAGUGGGCCAAGAGUUUUGCAUUCUCCCACAAUCAGCACUGGUAGUUCAGCCCCCUUCAGUGAAGGGGAACAGCAAAAUACACAACCUACAAUUAACACUACAGUGAUGGAAGAGACUGAAAGUGUCUCAUCAUAUAUGGAAAAUUUUGACAGCACAAGAUCAAAACCUUCCUCAUCCAAGACAUACUCUAGAAUGACACAUUUAUCUCUAAAAGAUUUGGAUAUCUCUCCAUCUUCAACUGAGGCUUUCCAAAUUCUUAGUUCAUCAACUGAUUCUUCUUCCAAAAGUGAACUUUCAGAUACUGGAACAGAAUACCAACCAAUAAGUGGGACUGAUUUUGGGAAUCAGACCUCUGCUUCUCAUACUGACAGCACAUACACUUUAACUACCUUUGCCAAGGGUGGAGAAAGGACAUUGCUGUCUCUUCCAAACAACAGCACAUCAGCUGAUUCCUCAGGAAGUUCCACUUACUCUGCAGAAAUAUCCAGUGCUUCGGAGUCAGUUCAGUCUUUCUUUUCAAGUGAAAUGGAUUUUUCUGAAAAUUCAACAGAACCUUUGGCAGUCCAUUCCCUGAAAACACCAGAGAAUUCGUCUACAAUGAGUGAACCAAACACAACUCAGUAUUACUCAGAAUCAGAAUCUGCCUCCACUGGCAGCUUGUCAUUUUCAUCUUCCCCUACAAGUCUGUCAGAGCAGGAUUCACUUCCACCAGUUCACCCAUCCACUUUGUUUUCCUCAGCCAAGUCUUCUGCCCCAUCCUCUUUUUCUACUUUCCCGUUACCAUUAUCGUCAUCUCCACCCACAUCUCUAAUGACAUUUUCGCCCAUGUUCUCAUCCACAAAACCACCCCCAUUGCCUUUCUUUCCCUCUGUGUUGCCUUCACUUUCUUCAACACCUUCGUUGUUACAGCCUAGCGAAAGUCUUGAAACCAGUGUUUCUAUGACUGAGCCUGAAGGAACAACUGGAGCAGAACUACACACGACUAGAAGCUCCCAUGGCGAAUAUAACCGUCCAACUAUGGCAUAUCCAUUGGUGAACAACACUAUUCUGAUGGCAACUGGGACUUCUCUUCUGAUGGAAAUUACUGAACAGCCUGCCAACCGUUCUUCACCAAGAACCACUUCCCAAGAGGAAACGAAGGGAUGGACACUUAGUCUCCCAGGAAUCAAUACUGAGAAUGAACCCAUUACAAGUACCUCUUCACCCUAUUUCCAGGAAAUGACCACUACUUCUGAGCCAGCAAAAGCAACUACGGCUAUACCGUUGCAUACAAUCCCUCAAAAGGAUACUUUCCCUUCAUCAACAGUAACCAUGGGCAAAAAAACUACAGAAAUAAUACACACACCUGGAAGAUUGCCUACUUCAGCAUCAACCAUGAAUUAUUUGUUCACUACAAAGCUUCAAAAGGUUCCAUUGCCCUCUCCUACUGAAAUAUCUUCUUCCCCUGGAAUUCCCACAAAAAUGAUGGAAAAGAACAGUACAACUACUGUGAAAACCACAGCGCCCAGGAUUGUUAUUACCACUUCUCCCUAUACCUUAACUUCUCACAAAAGCACUGUUCAGUCUUUUCCUGCUUCACCGAUUCCUUCCAGACCAACCACAACUGCGAGUUUAGGAAGCUCAAAGAUAUCUUCAACUGUCUAUAGAAAAGAUGAAUGCCUGCCUAAUCCUUGUCCACCUAUGUCUACAUGCACUCAUGUACAAGGUUCAUUCCAAUGCAUUUGUUCCUUGGGCUAUCAGAUGGGAAAAGGAAAAUGCAACUUAGUAAGGACCUUUGUUGGUCACUUUCCACUAACAUUUAACACAACUGGAGGGGCAUACGCAGAACUACAUCAAAUUGAAGGAGUUAUCAUAAACCUGCUGAAUGAAUCCCUCUCAACAUUUCCUGGUUAUUAUACUUCAACUGUUAAAGCCACAAGGCAAGAAGAUACUGUUCAAAUAUCCAUCCAGAGCACUUUUUCUAUGGCUUCCAACGUCACCUUUUCUGAAGUAAUCGGCACAGUGCAAAGUCGGAUCCGAGCCUGCAAAGCUCCCACCCCACCCUGCCAGUUCAUCUCUAAUUUGACCCAGCUCUAUAGAGCUGGUGGUCUAUGUAAACAUAAAGAUCCGGAAUGUGACAAAGGGACUUCUGUGUGUGUAGACUUGGAUGGCAUUGCUGUUUGCCAAUGCAAACCUGGGUAUUUCAAAUAUAACAAACUGGAUCAUUCAUGCAGAGCCUGUGAAGAUGGGUAUAAACUCGAAAAUGACACUUGUGUGAGUUGUCCAUUUGGAUUAGGGGGAUUCAACUGCAGGAAUCCAUACCAGCUUAUCACCAUUGUGAUUGCAGCAGCUGGAGGAGGACUUCUGCUUAUCAUGGGAAUAGCUCUCAUAGUCACAUGCUGCCAAAAGAAUAAAAAUGAUAUAAGCAAACUCAUCUUCAAAAGCGGUGACUUCCAAAUGUCACCAUAUGCAGAAUAUCCCAAAAACCCUCGUGUUCAGGACUGGAGCAGAGAAACCAUUGAAAUGCAAGAGAACGGGAGUACUAAAAACCUAUUACAGAUGACGGAUGUUUACUAUAUGCCAACUAAUCUAAGGAAUCCUGAACUAGAAAGAAAUGGAAUCUAUCCGCCUUACACAGGUCUUCCGGGAUCUCGACACUCCUGUAUAUAUCCUGGACAAUAUAACCCAUCCUUCAUUAGCGAUGAUAGCAGAAGAAGAGAUUAUUUUUAACGCAGGUGAAAAAAGGCAGUUGGGUGACAAAUGGGACCUUUGUAUGCAGCGUGUUCUCGAGUAUGCAGUCGUCAGGCAACAACUCGGUCACAACUGUGUACAGAAGGGGACUUUGAACCUGUGGAAAACCUCAGAAGGAGCUGCGCACAAGGAGCCAUCUCCAGCUCUUGCUGAGCAGCGAAAAGAAGGCAGGUGUGGAAAGCAAGUUCCAUACGUCUGGUUGUUGGAAAGACAAGAAAGAAGCUCAUUCUGCAUAUUUUUCUCACCACUAACUGUGUCACAUAAUGUGAACGUAAUAAUAGAUCGUGAAAGCAAAACUAACAAAACACUGUGGAUGACACGCUAAAUCUGAUGCCAUUAGGGUGUGUUGUGUUUACAGAUAGUAUCUAGUGUGCCAGGUUUGUGUUGCCCAUGUUUUUUUUAUGCAAAGCUGGCUUGAAUGUUAUGAAUGUUAUGGAACGAACCCUUGCUCUGUGGCCAGGUGUCUACUAGGAGGUACUCACAGCAUGUUGCUCACCGAGUGGUGGAGAUGGGUACGGGAACAUGGCCUAGCAAUAUAGGGAUCCUAUGCAGAAUCCAAGGUGGGGUUUUAUCCCUCUCCAAAAAGGAAAAAAAAAGUGAUUCCCCCAUGAUCUGUCCUGUUAUUUAGUUAUGGCCUAGGUAGUAGUGAUACUUGACUCUUUGCCCUUAUUCCAGGGGUCUGCAACCUGCAGCUCUGGAGCCACCUGCGGCUCUUUCAGCCCUCUGCUGAAGCUCCCUAUCGGCUGAUCCCACCACUGGCUGGCCCCUCCCCUCCCCAUUACUUCUCGCCUGCCCUGAGAAGGUAAGGGUGAUGGCGGGAGAUGGAGACUUGCUCCAUAUCCCAGAGCAGGAGUUGACUGGGUGGAAGUGAGUGACAUCGAGUUGGCCACGCCCACCCAGUCACACCGGUGGUUAAAUUAUUGGCUCCCGGUGUUUUCUUUUGUGUGGGAAACAGGUCCAAAUGGCUCUUUGAGUGUUUAAGGUUACAGACCCCUGCCUUAUUCAUUUUUUCCUAUGUGCUUCAGACCAGAUGCAAAAAAGUUACGUUUAAUUAUGUUCUGUGGAUUUUUUUCCCUCCUUUCUGUCUAAAUGUAUUGAGGGUAUAAGGCUGU